AUGUUAUCUCAGCAAGUUGCCUAUAGGCUGCAAACCGACUCAAAUCUUCGAGUGAUGGUUUAUUGCGCUGGUGAUUCAGGCCUCACGCAAUACACCAAGUCGGAUAUUGCAUUUCCACAUCAGGUGGAACUCAAAGUAAAUCUCGAUGAAGUCAAAGCCAAUCUCAGAGGCCUGAAAAAUAGGCCGGGGACUACACAGCCUGCAGAUGUAACCAACUGGAUUCGCAAAAAGCCCAACUACCCAAACAAUAUCGUCAUGACUUAUGCGUUGACGCAAAAGAAAUUCUUCGCGCUUGCCAACCUGGUGAAGCAGCAUCCGACUGACGAUCUCGUCUCGCAGUUGAAGACACGGAAACUCAUCUCGAAGGAGCAAGUCCUACGCGAAAUGCAAAACCGCGCAAAUGACUCGGACAUUGUCGCGACGUCAAGCGUCAUGUCACUUAAAUGCCCUCUAUCUACCCUGCGCAUCCAGGUGCCUUGCCGCUCUAUCGUUUGUGCACACAACCAAUGCUUCGAUGCGUCUUCAUUCCUUGAAUUACAAAAACAAGCUCCGACUUGGACUUGCCCUGUGUGUUCCAAAGCGACUAGCUUUGAGUCUCUGCAAGUUGACCAGUACGUUGAUGACAUUCUUAAGUCAACGUCACCUGAGAUUGAGCAAGUCACCGUUGAACCUGACGGUGUAUGGUCAAGCCGCACUGAUUCAGACGCGACAAAGUUGGGAGGGAUGACUCCCGCUUCUGAUGACGACGACGACUUGAUUGAGAUCAGCGAACCAGGGAUGCCCGUUGUAAAACAGGAACCGGGACCCACGAACGUCGCUCUUGAGCGAACACCUGCGCAGUCACAGUCACGAGAGGCAUCAACCCCAUCCUCUGCGAUGCGCAUGUCCAGCAAAAAGCGACCCAUUGCUCAGGUCAUCGACCUUACUGAGAGCGGUGACGAAGAUGAAGAGUCCCCAGUUCCACCUCCUAAAAGGCCAGCUUCAAGUCUGCCAUCCCGAGCUUUUUCUCGCCAGGAUUACCAUAUGCCGCCUGCUAGCAGCCCUCUGAAUGGCGGGUCGUACCCACCGUGA